UCAACGCUGUAAAUUAAAUAUGUGAUUAAACCACUCUUGUGUAUUAAUUUCACCACAAAGACAAAUAUCCCCCCGAUCGCCAUAUACUGAACAUUGUCGUGGCAAGUUAUGUUAGUAAGCACCUAUUUAUUUACAUAUUAUUUUACAUAUGCACUUGGUGAUGAUGCUGCUGCGUUGGCAGUGGCGCGCAAAAAACUAAAAGAAACUCAACACACGUCACAGUCAAUGUUGCUUGCGACGAUGCGUUACGAACCAGGGUGUUGAGUUUUCUAUUCCGGCCUGGAAUGACACACGCAGGAGUGGCAAGGCGAGCGGCAAGCCCCAUCCACCUCUGUCACUCCAGUGCUGAUGGAAAGUUGUACGCUGCAGCAGCUACUUAUUUAGAGUUGAGUCGCAUCAGGGGAAGUCCCGGAACAUGUUCAGAUACCACUUGCCACGAAUAUUAUUUGAGGCCAAGAGAUUAUUCUACUUUCCUGGGUUGCAAAGCACAGUGCACUAUCCACUGCGCCAAGGGCUCAAUACUACACACACACACGCAUAUGUACAAAACCAAAUGACAAAGAUCCCCCAUAUAGCCUCUAACAGGCUGUUGGGGCAAGUGCUCCAACAGACAACAGCAGAUGCAGACCGUUGUUCACCUUCACAAUUAGCAUCCCCUCCUUCAAUCAGUCUGUCUCGCUCAGAUAAACAAGCCCCUCACAAUUGCAUCCAUGCUACGUACAGUUUUAAGACAUUUUAAAAUCAUGAUUGUCAUAAUAAAAGCACGUAAAAAAAAUCAUUGCAAUUUUAAUCCUUACACGGACCACAACUCCUCAAGGCAACUCGACCUUAGUGCCGUAACGAAAUAGCUUUUUCGGAACGGCUAAAAAUGUAAAAACAAAAUUUAACUGCGGCAGAUUCUUAUCGAUCUCUGCAUAGCCAUUGCGGAGGCACCGGCGUUCGCUUUCCAACACGGCGGCUCCGUGACCCACGUAGCCGGCGACGUGACGCUGAUUGCAGGUGGCACCCCAUUAAACCGGCGCUGCUGCAGCAGACUCGCGAAUAGGAGCCGAGCGUUGCCUGCCACAGGCUUUAAGUGGUGCAGGCGUGCAUGCGGGCGGGAACGGUGAGAUGGCAGCGGUGAGUCAGGCACACGAUGUCGACAUUUUUCCGUUGUAUUUUUUUUCCACAAUUAUAUUUACGAUUGUGCUCUCGGUGCGGUGUCAAUUAGACGAUGGCAUUCCCAUUCGGCAAUUGGCCCCGGUCCGCAGAAGACGAUGUCGCAGAAAUACUUCCCAAAGACGAUGUCGCAGAAGAACGAUGUCGCAGAAGACGAUGUCGCAGAAGAACGAUGUCGCACAAGAUGAUGUCGCAGAAGACGAUGUCCAGAAAUACUUCCCAAAGACGAUGUCAUAGAAGACGAUGUCGCAGAAGACGAUGUCGCCGAAGACGAUGUCGCAGAAGACGAUGUCGCAGAAAUACUUCCCAAAGAUGAUGUCGCAGAAGAUGAUGUCGCCGAAGACGAUGUCGCCGAAGACGAUGUCGCAGAAGACGAUGUCGCAGAAAUACUUCCCAAAGACGAUGUCACAGAAGACGAUGUCGCAGAAGACGAUGUCUCAGAAAUACUUCCCAAAGAUGAUGUCGCAGAAGAUGAUGUCGCCGAAGACGAUGUCGCCGAAGACGAUGUCGCCGAAGACGAUGUCGCAGAAGACGAUGUCGCAGAAAUACUUCCCAAAGACGAUGUCGCAGAAGACGAUGUCGCAGAAAUACUUCCCAAAGACGAUGUCACAGAAGACGAUGUCGCAGAAGACGAUGUCACAGAAGACGAUGUCCAGAAAUACUUCCCAAAGACGAUGUCAUAGAAGACGAUGUCGCAGAAAUACUUCCCAAAGACGAUGUCGCAGAAGACGAUGUCGCAGAAAUACUUCCCAAAGACGAUGUCGCAGAAGACGAUGUCGCAGAAAUACUUCCCAAAGACGAUGUCGCAGAAGACGAUGUCGCAGAAAUACUUCCCAAAGACGAUGUCACAGAAAACGAUGUCGCAGAAGACGAUGUCGCAGAAGACGAUGUCCAGAAAUACUUCCCAAAGACGAUGUCAUAGAAGACGAUGUCGCAGAAGACGAUGUCGCCGAAGACGAUGUCGCAGAAGACGAUGUCGCAGAAAUACUUCCCAAAGAUGAUGUCGCAGAAGAUGAUGUCGCCGAAGACGAUGUCGCCGAAGACGAUGUCGCAGAAGACGAUGUCGCAGAAAUACUUCCCAAAGACGAUGUCGCAGAAGACGAUGUCGCAGAAAUACUUCCCAAAGACGAUGUCGCAGAAGACGAUGUCGCAGAAAUACUUCCCAAAGACGAUGUCGCAGAAGACGAUGUCGCAGAAAUACUUCCCAAAGACGAUGUCGCAGAAGACGAUGUCGCAGAAAUACUUCCCAAAGACGAUGUCACAGAAGACGAUGUCGCAGAAGACGAUGUCGCAGAAGACGAUGUCUCAGAAAUACUUCCCAACGACAAUGUCACAGAACUACUACUUCCCAAAAUCACUUCAAGGGGCCCCUCGCUGUGCGUCGCUUUUAUACGUCGUAGCGUUGGAAUUUAACCAUUACGUUGGACAAAAACCCCACAUUUAAUUGUGAUGGGGUUUUGUGUGUGUGUGUGUAGCUGUCGGUGACCGGGUCUAAAACCAUCAACUGGCUGCGCUCGAGAACCCAGAUUAAUCGCAGGUGUCUACCCGGAUUCUAACAAACGGAUCUCAGUGGCGCCAGCUGAUGUUUAAUUUCUCGCGUUUAAUUCGUGAUUGU